CCUGUACGUCGACGACCCGCACGUGCAGCAGCUGAGCGGCGACAACUUCCCCUCCGGCGACAACUGGGUGUGGGUGGUGGAGUUCUACACGCCCUGGUGCGGCCACUGCAAGCAGCUGGCCCCAAAGUUCUCCGCCGCCGCCGCCUCCCUCAAGGGCGUCGUCAAGGUGGGCGCAGUGAACUGCGACACACACGGCGAGCUGUGCACCGCGCACGGCGUCAGGAGCUACCCGGCCAUCAAGGCCUUCGUCCCCGGCUCCCCGCCGCGCGACUACAAGGGCGAGCGAGCCGCCAAGGCCCUCACAGACUGGGCGCUUGGGCUGCUGCCGGGUCGCGUGACGCAACUCACCAGCGCGCAAGCACUACAGGACUUCCUGGGGCUGUGCGGUGGCGGUUCCGGAGCGGCGGCGGGGGGUAAAGGUAAGGGGGGGAAGGCAGGCGGCGCGGGUAAGGAUCGAGCCGCCUGGGCGCUGUGUGUGGUGCUGGUGUCGGCGAAGAGUGAGACGCCGGCGCUGUACCGCGCGCUGGCUGGGGUGUACGGCGGGAAGAUUGCGUUUGGGGAGCUGCGGGUUGGGGCUGUGGCGGGCAAGAGCGUGCCGGCGGGUAUUGCGGCGGUAGCGAAGCAGCUGGGACUGGAUGUGGAGGCGUUGCAGGCGGGCGGCGGCAGCGGUAGCAGCAGCGGUAGCAGCGGUAAGCAGCAGCAGCAGCCGCUGCCGCUGGUGCUGACGGUGUGCAACGGCGACGCAGCGCUGGUGGAGCGGUACGGCGGCCAGGUGAAGUCGGAGCAGCUGACGCGGCACCUGGAGGGCUACGCGGGGGGCAAGAAGUGCGGCAAGAUGGUGCGGCUGGAGGCGGGGACGGAUCUGGG